GUGUAGUUCUAUAAUAUUGACGCUUUGAAAACACCCCUUCUUAGGGUUAUAGAGAUUUUCGAUUGUAAUGUAAAUAGGAAUUACUUUUCACGUAUUUUAUCUAAACUCGGUGUUUAUCACUGAGAUCCGUCCUUCUUCCAGCUAUUACUUUGUUCCGUUCCUUCUCGUCCAAUGUUUUGUUUCACGUUGAAACUUGAUACAAAUUAAUUGCAGAUUAUAUUUUCUCUUAAAUUUAGGCCACUUAUUAUGGUACUUCAUCGGACAUCAUAUUUCUCAUGUUAAUCUUCACUACACACUAUUCUCACAAACUCUUUAUUGCUAUGGUAAAUCGAUGUAUAUACUCUCCUUUGUUUAACUGACUAAUUACUCAUCAAUAUGAGGAUGCUAACUCUAUUUUCCCGUAAUUAAACGCUUGUUACUAACUCCCUUGACGCCUCAUGUAUCUCAGAUUACUUCCACAUUUGAACCCAAACAGUAGGGGAAAGGCGCAAGAUAUCAUUUAAAGCUUUGCUUCAAUGGUUAAUCUAUUCACAGGAAGUGGGAUUUAUUCAUUGAUUUUCAUAACCAUAUAAGUAAUAUUCCAAACGAGAUGUCACGUAGUUCUUUAUUUUUCUAGAUGUCUUCAACAUCUAUUUAUUGCUGGAUGGACAAAACGUUUUAAACCUUUUCCGGCUAACACUAUAAACGGAUAUUUAUUAACUUUUAACACUAAUGAAUUAUUAUCGUUGAAUACACUAAAACGUUUGUUUAAAAUACUUGGAAUAAACCCUGGUCAGAGACUGUCCACUACACCAAAGGUUUGAAUAUUGGAUUCAGUUUUCAUUGCUUGUUUGCUAACUAACUUGACAUAUGCAGCUCAUUUAUGUAUAAAUGUUGGGAAUUCGAUACAUCAUUUUCAAAGGUUUAGGAACUUUUGAUGUCAUAAUGUAUCAUGCGCAGCUUCGGUCUUACUAAUUAUGGAAGCUGUUCACUUGUGUUUUUUUAUUGUUUCUCUUAAUAUUGAAAAUUUUUUCUAUAUUCUGUGGCUGUUUCUCAUAAAAAUCUAAGUGCAAAAAUUCACCAUAAUGUAAUUUCUUGUGAGAUGAUCUACUUUCAUUCUAAGAUUUACAAUAUUUACUUUUCAUGUUUCAGUUUCUAAGAGUACCAAGGACAAUGAAUCAUCUUCCAUACAAACAGGUGAUAAGAAUAGUGAUUUUGCUGCAUCACCUUCGAGUUCCGACUCAUUUAGUUCUUCCUUGAAGGAGAAUGCAUCAUGUGUGUUGCAUGCUUCGACGCUCCCAGUUUACGAAGAAGGAUUUGACGCUAUCACUCAAACUUCGGAUUGUGAUAUGUCCCCCGUAACUGUUGUGGAUGAUGAUAAUGGUGAAAUUGAAAUCGGAUAUGCAGCCGACAACAACGAAAUAAAUAUGGAUACUGAAGAAUGUAAAGCUAAGACGAAUGAGGAAUGGAUAGAAGAGAUCAAGGCUUUGGCUUGUAAACUGCUUGAAAAAUGGUCUAAAUUACCGAAGGAAAACUACCGGAUACCGCGAUUGGAGCGUCAAGAGACCGAGAAAAUGCUUCAUAUAUCAAAUCCAAUUGGUUCUUCUCUUAUCUCUUGGGGAUCGGAAUACAAAGAUGAACAAGCAAUAUCCAAUAAAUCUUGGACUCAGAAUAGUAACAGUAAAUUCCAGUCAAAUAAAACUCUGCGUGACAAACUGGUUUCAUCUUUCAUUCGAGAGCAGAAUGGUCCAAAAGCAUCCAACAGUUCGUCAUGUUUGUCCAAAGCUGAGAGACGUAUGCUUUUCGAAGCUCAAGUUAAAGCUAAUGAAAAUCAAUGUUCAUCUGAAAAUUCUGUUCCUACAUCGGAUGAUUUUGUGCAGACAAAUCCAUCUAAUGACGAAAAGGAUACAGAUCAUCUUCGUCAGCUAUUACUCUGUGCACUUUUAAGUGAGUGCGGUCGAAACGAUACUGCCCUUUCAAAUCUUUUAUCUAACAUAGCUGUAGAAUUGAAAAGCAUGCCUGUUGUUUCUACUUUGUUACAAGCCUUACCUCGUAUGUUGACUUUGAUGUCCAGUUCCAACGAUUCAGAUUUGGUGAGUUAUCCUCUAAAUAUUUCUUGUUGUGUAACGUUAGUCCCAUUAGACAGAUACAGAGAACCAGAUCGAUCAUAUUUGCAUCAAUAAAAAUUCAGAAGAUCAAUGUAAAACUGAAGUUAAAUAAACAAUGGACAACUGGAGAAACGAAAUUGCGAAGGUCCAAUACAACCUUCCUUCGAAAUACUGAAAAAAAAUCAACGGAUUCAAGAUAACUCUCAACAAUAGGUUCCAAGCCUUACAUGAUCUACUGAAAGAGGAAGAAACUACUAUGAAGGACAACUGGAAAGAAAUCAAAGAAGCAUUAACUUCAACGUGUCAGGAGGUUCUGAGCUGCAAGAAGCAUCAUCAUAAGGAAUGGAUCUCUAUAGAAACACUGGACAAGAUCAAAGAAAGGAAAAACAAGAAAACGGCAUUUAACAACAGCCGAGCACGAGCAGAGAAAGUCAAAGCACACGCGGAAUACACAGAAGCAAACAAGCAAGUGAGCAGGAGCAUUAGAGCCGACAAGCAGAAAUAUGUGGGAGACCUAGCAACGACAGCUAAAAAGGUGCAAGAGAUGGAAGUAUGAAACAAAUAUAUGACACAACAAAAAAGCUGGCAGAGAAAUAUUGCAAUCCAGAAAGACCGGUCAAGGAAAAAGAAGGGAAGCUAAUUACUGGAAUUCGAGAACAGAAGAAAAGAUGGGUAGAACACUUUCACGAACUCUUGAAUACUUCAGCUCCACUGAAUCCACCGGACAUCGAAGCAACACACACAGACCUUCCUAUGGAUGUCACUCCGUCAACGAUCGAAUAAAGCAGGAUGGUCAUCAAACAAAUCAAAAUUGAGAAGAGAACAGGACCAGACAACAUACCAGCUGAAGCACUGAAUUCAAGCACAGAAGUAACUGCAAAGAUGCCUCAUAUUCUAUUCAGAAAGAUUUGGAAGAAGAACAAGUGCCAACAGACUAGAAAGAAGGAUACCUCACCAAGAUACCAGAGAAAGGAGAUCUGAACAAGUGUGAGAACUACAAAGGCAUUACACUACUAUCAGUACCAGUAAAAGUUUCAACAGGGUUCUGUUCAAUUGAAUGAAAAACUCAGUAGACAUCCAACAUCGAGAUCAACAGGCCGAAUUUUGUAAGGACCGAUCAUUCACAGACCAAAUCGCAACAAUAUGGAUCAUUUUUGAGCAAUCUAUAGAAUGGGAUUCGCCACUAUAGAUCAGAUUUCUUGACGGCGAUGGGGGAACCUUUUGAAACCACCCUUGACACUAGAAGAAGAGUAGCUUAGAAGAUCGUCAACAUCAUAUGGAACUCAUACGAUGGGCUGUAUUGCAAAGUCGUGCAUGGAGGACAACUGAUAGAUGCAUUCCAAGUGAGGAGCGGUGUCAGACAAGGCUGCUUAUUCUCGCGCUUUCUUUCUUCUUGUGGUUGACUGACUGGAUUAUGAAGACCUACAUAUCUCAGGAGAAGCACGUAAUACAAUGGACAGUUUAGAUGCAAAUAGACGAUUUGGACUUCGCAGAUGAUUCAGGUCUUCUAUGUCACACGGCAACAGAUGUAGAUGAAGACGGCCAAUGUUACAGCAAC